UUUUUCUCCUCCGCAGUCUUAUAUAUAUAUAUAGAUUUAAUCUAAACCUUACCAUAAGAAGCUAAAAGAUACCUCAUAUCAUAAACAUCAUAUUAAUUCCCCUUCUGAGUCAAAAGUUCUACCAAGAAAUCUAUACAAGUUUCUGCCAGCCGCCGGCAAUCCAUGGCUUCUUAAUUCACCGAAAAGACUAAACUACACUUUUGGUGAGAUAAAAAUGGAUAUGUCGAACUGGGAGCAGAAGAAUGUGCUAAGUGAGCUGGUUCAUGGGCUAAAGGCGGCAAAGCAGCUCCAAGCUGACCUGGGAACAUCUCCUUUUCCGCCACCGCCUUCCUUGUCUUCUUCUUAUUCUUCAUGUUUGACGACAGAGAUGAAGGAAAAUCUCUUACAUCAGAUCGUUUCUUCCUACGAGAAAGCUAUUUUGAUGCUAAACGGUCCCACCACAGUAUACAGUCCGACGGCGGAAAUGGUGAAUCUUGCAGCGGAUCCGGUAGCUAACACCGGUAAAGUUCCAGAGUCUCCUACUUCCAUUAACGGAAGUCCGACAAGUGAAGAGUUUCUUGAGGGAGGAUCCAAAGAUUACAAUUUGAGUUCUAAAAAGAGGAAGAUGUUGCCAAAGUGGACAGAGCAGGUGAGAAUCAGCCCAGAGAGAGGCUUAGAAGGACCUCAUGAUGAUGUCUUCAGCUGGAGAAAAUAUGGUCAGAAGGACAUUUUAGGCGCCAAAUAUCCAAGGAGUUAUUAUAGAUGUACAUUUCGUAACACACAGAAUUGUUGUGCCACGAAACAGGUCCAGAGAUCGGACGAUGAUCCGACGAUCUUCGAUUUGACAUACAAAGGAACACACACUUGCUCACAGGGAAUCCCACCUCGGGAGAGGCCGCGAGACAAUAAACCAGACACAACACUCGUAAAUUACCAAAAUAACCUUCUCGACAAUCUCAGGACCAAUCUUACUGUCCGUACCAACGGUCCGAUACAAAGCGACGGUUUCUCAUUCCCAGUUACGCCGCCGUUUUUCUCUUACGAGUCCGAUUUCGCCAACGGCGGUGGAACAUUUGGCCACCUUGGGAAUUCUGGUCCGUCGGAUUUUACCGGAUUGAUCUCCACUAAUACCUCAACAGGGAGUUCCCCGAUUUUCGACGUGGAUUUUCAGUUUGAUCCAACGGCCGAGAUUAACACUGGUCUCCACACAUUUCUCCAUGAUUCGGUUUAACUUUUUUGGUCUAAGAUUCGGUUUAACUUCAAUUAGGGGUUGAAUUAUUCCUUGAGAUUAUUAAAUAUAGUACAAAAUAAAGAUCAUUGUUUGAUAAAACAAUUUUUUCUAGUAGUUUGCUCACCACUAAUAUAUACAGUAUAUCAUCUAUAAAUU